UCAGUCCUCCUCAUCAUGAGCAGUUCGGGCUCAUGAGGAAGGCUUUUCUAAGGCGGCUCUGCUGUAGCAUUGCUCGCAGCGUGGAGUUCGUGCGGUUGAAUGCGUAACUUUGACUCUCUACGUGCAUCAUUUUCUUCUUUUUUCUUUUCUUACGCCGUUGCAGACAUUAGUGUGGCAACUGUGGACGGGCACACAGGAGUGGGCUGCUGCCCACCAAGUCUGACUGUGUUUCGGAGGUGCUGAGAAGAAGAACAUGUAAGAAUCCGCAGGCUUCCCCGCAGAUUCCUCCCGGAUUCACAGCCAACAUGCAGAAAGGGAUGAGACUCAAUGAUGGCCACAUCACCUAUCUGGCUCUUUUGGCGAAGAAGGAUGGGACGAGGCGAGGUUGCCUGAGUAAGAAAAGCUCAGACAACACAAAAUGGCAUUCAAAGUGGUUCGCUUUAUUGCAGAAUAUGCUGUUUUAUUUCGAAAACGACUCCAGCUCACGCCCCUCCGGACUGUACCUGUUGGAGGGCUGCGUUUGUGACAGGGCACCGUCACCGAAACCGUCUCUGUCAGCGAAGGAAUGCUUAGAAAAGCAGUAUUACUUCACUGUCACGUUUAAUCAUGACAACCAGAAGGCUCUGGAGCUGCGCACAGAGGACGUCAAGGACUGUGAUGAGUGGGUGGCUGCCAUUACACAGGCCAGUUACAGGAACCUGGCUACAGAGCAUGAGACCCUCAUGCAGAAGUAUCUCCAUCUACUCCAAAUAGUGGAGACAGAGAAAACGGUUGCCAAGCAACUUCGACAACAGAUAGAGGAUGGGGAAAUCGAGAUAGAGCGGCUAAAAUCAGAGAUUGCUGGACUACUCAAGGACAAUGAAAAGAUCCAGUCAAAUCCAGAGGUACCUCCCAGUGAAGACGACACAGAGAUCAAGAAGAUCAAAAAGGUCCAGAGUUUCCUGCGAGGUUGGAUUUGCCGCAGGAAGUGGAAAACCAUCAUCCAGGACUACAUCCGUUCACCCCACGCUGAAAGCAUGAGGAAGAGAAACCAGGUGGUGUUUAGCAUGCUGGAGGCCGAGGCUGAAUACGUCCAGCAACUCCACAUCCUGGUUAACAACUUCCUGCGACCACUCCGCAUGGCUGCCAGCUCCAAGAAGCCGCCCAUCACACACGAUGAUGUCAGCAGCAUCUUCCUUAACAGUGAGACCAUCAUGUUCCUCCAUCAGAUCUUCUACCAGGGUCUGAAGGCCAGGAUAGCCAGCUGGCCGACACUGGUGCUGGCUGACCUGUUUGACAUCUUGUUGCCUAUGCUGAACAUCUACCAGGAGUUUGUGAGGAACCACCAGUACAGCCUGCAGAUCCUGGCCCACUGCAAACAGAACCGAGACUUCGACAAGUUGCUGAAGCAGUACGAGGCUAAGCCCGACUGUGAGGAGAGGACGCUGGAGACCUUCCUCACUUACCCAAUGUUUCAGAUCCCUCGUUACAUCCUGACAUUGCAUGAGUUGCUGGCUCACACCCCCCAUGAGCAUGUGGAGAGAAACAGUCUGGACUACGCCAAGUCAAAACUGGAGGAACUUUCCAGAAUCAUGCAUGAUGAGGUGAGUGAGACGGAGAACAUCAGGAAGAACCUAGCUAUUGAGCGGAUGAUUGUGGAGGGCUGUGAAGUGCUGCUGGACACCAGUCAGACAUUUGUUAGGCAAGGUUCUCUGAUCCAGGUGCCGAUGAGCGAGAAAGGGAAGAUCACGAGAGGCCGACUGGGCUCUCUGUCGCUGAAGAAAGAAGGCGAGAGACAGUGUUUCCUCUUCUCCAAACAUCUCAUCAUCUGUACCCGUGGCUCUGGGGGAAAACUUCACAUCACUAAGAAUGGAGUGGUCUCUCUCAUAGACUGCACACUGAUGGAGGAGCCAGAGGGGACGGAUGAUGAGUCCAAAGGGGAGCGGAGUGGCCAAGACACAGAGCACCUGGACUUUAAAGUUAUGGUGGAGCCCAAAGACGGACAACCCUUCACCGUCAUCCUGGUGGCUUCAUCCCGACAGGAGAAAUCAGCGUGGACCAGCGACAUCAGCCAGUGCAUUGACAACAUCCGCUGCAAUGGUCUUAUGAUGAACGCCUUUGAGGAAAACAGUAAAGUCACCGUGCCACAGAUGAUUAAGUCGGACACCAGCUUGUACUGUGACGAUGUCGACAUCCGCUUCAGCAAGAUGAUGAACUCUUGCAAAGUGCUGCAGAUCCGCUAUGCCAGUGUAGAGCGCUUGUUGGAGAGGCUGACCGACUUGCGCUUCCUCUCCAUCGACUUCCUUAACACCUUCCUCCACUCUUACCGCGUCUUCACCAGUGCUGACGUAGUGCUGGACAAGCUCAUCACCAUCUACAAAAAGCCCAUCAGUGCCAUCCCUGCACGUUCUUUGGAGCUUUUCUUUGCCAGCAGUCAGAACAACAAACUCCUCUACGGCGAACCACCUAUGUCGCCACGUGCCAGCCGCAAGUUCUCCUCCCCUCCUCCUCUCUCCAUUACCAAGACGUCCUCGCCCAACCGCCGUCGCAAGCUUUCGCUCAACAUCCCCAUCAUCACGGGGGGCAAAGCCCUGGACCUGGCUGCACUCAGCUGUUCUCCCAAUGGCUAUGCAAGCAUGCACUCCACCAUGUCGCCCUUCAGUAAGACCACCCUCGACAUCAACAAGCUCUAUGUGUCCAGCACCAUGGCCAGCAAAAUCUCAGACGAUGGAGAGACCAAAGCCGAAGGCAAGACUGAGGAGUCUGUCCUCAACAAGCAAGAUCUGUCGGUGAGAGAGGAAUGUGAUGAGGACCCAAGUCAGAGUGACGAAACAGAAGCAGAAAUGUCUCCUCCCAAGUCACCAUCAACACCCAAGAACGUCAAGUCCAAAAACUCUGAGUUUUCCCUGUUUUCCUUCAACAAUGGCAUGGUGGUGUCAUCUUGCCGGGAGCUGGACAAUAACCGCAGUGCCCUUUCUGCCGCCUCGGCCUUUGCCAUCGCCACUGCUGGUGCAAAUGAAGGCACUCCUACCAAGGAGAAGUAUCGCCGUAUGUCGCUUGCCAGCACAGGUUUUCCUACAGACCAGAGGAAUGGGGACAAAGAGUUUGUUAUCAGAAGAGCUGCCACAAACAGAGUCCUGAAUGUGCUGCGUCACUGGGUCUCCAAACACUCGCAGGACUUUGAGCUGAACACAGAGCUGAAGAUGCGGGUAAUUGGCUUCCUGGAGGAGGUGAUGCAUGACCCAGAGCUCCUGACACAGGAAAGAAAGGCAGCUGCCAACAUUAUCAGGACUCUCACUCAGGAGGACCCUGGAGACAACCAGGUCACCCUGGAAGAGAUCACACAGAUGAUUACUGAGGACUGUAAGACUGAGCCAUUUGAGAGCCACUCUGCCCCAGAGCUCACACUGCUGGACCACCUGGUCUUCAAGGUCAUCCCAUACGAGGAGUUCUUUGGUCAAGGCUGGAUGAAGAACGACAAGAACGAGAGAACUCCGUACAUUAUGAAAACAACCAAGCAUUUCAACGAUAUCAGCAACAGGAUUGCCACAGAGAUCCUGCAGUGGGACGAUGUCAACAUGCUGGCGGUGAUCGAGAAAUGGGUGGCAGUGGCUGACAUCUGCCGCUGCCUCCACAACUACAACGCCAUGCUGGAGAUCACGUCCUCUCUCAACCGCAGUUCCAUCUUCCGCCUCAAGAAGACCUGGCUGAAAGUCUCCAAGCAGGUAUCAACUGUGAUUGACAAGUUACAGAAGCUGGUUUCAUCAGAGGGACGAUUCAAAAACCUGAGAGAAGCUCUGAAGAACUGUGACCCUCCCUGUGUUCCCUACCUGGGCAUGUACCUGACUGACCUUGCCUUCAUCGAGGAGGGAACACCCAACUACACUGAGGACAACCUGGUCAACUUCUCCAAGAUGAGAAUGAUAUCUCACAUUAUCAGAGAGAUACGGCAGUUUCAGCAAACAGCUUACAAGAUUGAUUAUCAACCAAAGGUUGCAAAGUACUUGCUGGACAGCAGUUCAGCGCUGGAUGAGGAGAGCCUGUAUGAAGCGUCUCUGAGAAUCGAGCCCAAAACUUCAUCAUGAAGAGGAUCUCUCUCUCUCCCUC